AUGUAUGACGAUGACUACGAUAAUAAGAGGGACUCCAGACGCCUAAGCUAUAUAUCAUCGCCGCUGAGUGAAACCAUAUCUACAGCCUCGCCAAGCUCAAGAGGAUCAGAUUCGCUUUCACCAAAUUCAUACGAACAACAGCACCAACAGAGGACCAAUGGUCAGUCGCGAGUAUCAGCAAAUGGCUCCAGCUCGCCCGAUCGUGGGGAUGGCCCGUCCUCUCCGCGAACGAAUCGCACGCCGUCCGAAACAGCCACAACGUCCUUUCCUCUCAAUGAUGUCGACUAUGAAUCCGAUCCUGCGGCUGUGGCCCAGGAGCUUAGCAAUCUAGCGGCCAUUAGACGUAUGUCUAUGGAUGUAACGGCUACCGGUGACCCUGAUCUCCCCUCUUUUGGCUCGAAUCUAGUCGUACCGUCAGCGCCCUCGGCGGAUGAAGAUGACGCAUCGCGAUUGUUCUGGGUACCUGCGCGGUUACAUCCCGAGCUGGCUCCGAAGGAGUUCAAAUCGUUUCUUGAGAGCAAGACAGAGCAGAUCAAGCGGAGAUCAGGAGAGUUUUCCUCUGGAGGGUUGAGUGUUGAGAGGCAAGUAUCAAACGGCGGCGGUCUACGGCGGAAACGUUCGAUGCUUUCGAGGCAAAUAGACAAUUCCAGCGGCUACACGGAUGGAGCGGAACGAUUGGAGCGCAAACGGUCUCAGUCAGAGCAGGGCAAGCAGGAAUCUUUGAAUCCUAACCUCCAUGAUCUGGAGGUCCUGGUGGACGAUUCAAAUAAUGUGAACAAGGGUGCGGCGUCGCUUCUGCGGGGUGUCCAGACAUUGGACAUAUCCGCAACCGAAGACCGGCCCAUUUUACCUCCCGCGCCUCCUGGGUCAAGUCUGAGAAGGUCCACCCGGACGCAGUAUAGGAAGGGCAGUUUGAAAAAGGGAGAGCGACCUCCUUAUUCGAAGCGGCUAGGCAAGGCCACAGAAAAUACCGACGGAGCGCUGCCAACUGGAAGAACCUCGAAUGAUUCUCCUCCAACCCCAGGAAUAAAUCGGGUGCUUACAGAUCCUGGACCACGACUGAAUGGUAGGAAUCUGGACGAGGAAGAGACUGCACGGAAUGCCGCACCUGGUGCCCUGCCUGGACAGAAAGACGCUGGCGAUAAGACGGAGACAUCAGAAACACGGCAAUGGCAGUCGCGUAUCAGUUCGAACGGUCGCUCCACGUUGGAUGUCCCUCCAUCAUCCCGAAAAACGCCCCACGGCGUAGAACCGCCCCUCCAGGAGGAGAACAGGACAGCGGGUUCUAGUAUACCCCCUGCAGAGAUACCGGCACGUUCAACUUCUCGAGGUAACAAGCCAGGCGUGAUGGCCCAGGUGCCCCCUAUUCAUGAACAACCUGGCUCAAGGCACAAGCGACCGCCUCUUACGAGACAACCUGCGUCAACAAAGGAUAACACACAGACGAUGAAUGAUUUAGUUGCGAACCCGGCGUCUUUGCCCGGAAACAGUACCCGAACGGACACUUUGUCAUUCAUUCCGACGAUGCCCGAAGAGAAGAAGCCCGAAAAGCCAGAAGGCAAGAAGUCUAAGGAUAAAAAGGAUUCAGAGGGCAACCGCAAGUCAAGCUGGCAUUGGUUACUCGGACACGAAGACAAAGAGAAGGACAAGGACAAGAAGAAGGAAAAGGACAGUGAUUCGAAGAAGUCGAAAACGAAGCUGUCGCCCGUCUCGGAGAAACCUCAGGAGCCCGUGCUUGUUGAGAUUCCCGAGACACCUGCUGAAACAACGCAACGGAGGGAAAGUCUUGUCUUGGAACGUCCGGAUCCGAGAUUGGAGGAAGAACGUAGGAAAGAGAGUAUCCGGAAAACGUCCGGGGAUUCCAAGAAGGAGAAAGAGUCGGGUCUUUUCUCUUCCAUAUUCGGAGGAGGCAAAAAGAAAAACAGCGGUGACAGCACCCACAAGAAGAGUGCAUCGCGCCACAUCUCACCGGAUCCUCCUGUGCGAGAGCUUCGUCCCGAUAUAGAUUACAACUGGUCCCGGUUCUCGAUUCUCGAAGAGCGUGCGAUAUAUAGGAUGGCACACAUCAAACUCGCGAACCCACGACGGGAGCUAUACUCUCAGGUACUUCUCAGCAACUUCAUGUAUUCUUACCUGGCAAAGGUACAGCAGAUGCACCCGCAGAUGAUGCUCCCGACAUCCCCCGCCCAGAGGCAGCAGAAGAGCAGGGAGCAGGAGCAACAGCAGCAGCAGCAGCAACAACAGCCAGAAGAAUACUCCCAGUACCAGAGAUAUCAGGAGCAGCAACAGUACGGGGACAACUCGUACGAUGAGUCUGAGAUGUAUGAUUAUGACGAUGACGACCGACAUGACCCCUAUCGACAGCAGUCGAGAGGCGCCAAACAUGGUUACGACAGCGGAGCCACAUAUGGCCCUGGACAUCACCAGCAAUAUGCGGACAUUGUGGACGAUCCACAGCUGGAUGACGAUGAUGAUAUGUGGUAG